AUGAAACCUAAGAAAAUAAGUGAUUAAUAGAGAGUAACAGAAUUAGGUGAACAUGUAUUAAAAAGUCAAAAUACAAUGUUAGCAACAAAGAUUGACUAAUUAAAAAAGGAAUUAUAUGAAAUGAAAUCUGUAUAAAACAAUCCAAUAUAUCUAGUUGCUAGCUUGCAGAAUAAAAAGACAAGGUUGAAAUUUAAGAUGAAGAGUUUAAUCACUAUAAAAAAUUAUUCACAUAACUUUCUCGUAGAAUACGAAUGAUUAUGGCAUAUAAUGAAGAGGCAAUAUAAAAAAAGAUCACUUAGGAGGAUAUACAAGAAGAAAACUAUGAAUGUUUAUGUGGGAGCAAUCAAAUUGAUUCAAUUAAAUACUUUCUAGUAAAUGGAGACUAAUAAUAAUAAUAAUUGCAGAUUCCUCAGGGUUAAGAAUAAGUUCAAGAAAUACAAGAAGAAUAUACAAAAUUGAAUUAAAUAUAACAAAAGUACAUAAAAAAUCAUAAAACAUAGUGAUUAUAUUAAACAAUUAAUUGAAGAGCAUUCUGAAUAGAAAUCUCAAUUAUUACAUUAGAUAGAAGAGUUAAAAUUACAAUAAAAAUUAGUAGAAGAACAAUUCUUUUAAACUACACUAUUUGCUGAUUUAGUACAAUAAAAUAAUUAUCUUACAUCAACAUUAUUUAAUGUAGAAGAUCAACUUAUAUAAGUAUAAAAUAAUAUCUAUUAGAAAGGUUUAAUUUAUGUGUAAAGAAUAAUAAGAGAAGUUUGAAAUUUAAAUUCAAUAAUUGUCAUUAGAAUGUGAAUAAAAAAUGAAAGAUCUCAUUUUAUAAUAAGAGAGUGUUAAAAUUGAAAUAAAAUAGACAGAUGAUUAAUUAUAGAGUAAAUUAAUAGAAGAAUUAAAGUCAUAAGUAGAAAAUGUAUCAAAAGUGGUUGAAGAGUUGAAAAUAGAAUUACAAUAGUGUAGAGAAAGAAAUAAAGAAAUAAAUAAUUAAUUAAUAGAUGCUAUUAAUUAGAAAUAAUUAUUAAUAAGUUAAAAUAAUGAAUUGAAGUAGAGUCUUAGUGUUUAUAAAAUAAUGGUUGAGGAAGAAAAGAUUGAGUAAGUAACUCUUAGAUAUGAGAAUCAUAAAUAAAUUUUAUUUGAAAUAGAAUAAGAAUAUGUGAAUAAUAAAUCGAAUGAAUUUAUUUAGAAAUUUAGAGAAUUUGUUGGAUAUGUCAAAAUGAGGGAUGAGAAAGUCAAAAGCUUAUAAUAACUAUUGGAUAAGAAAACUAUUGAUUAAAACAAUAUCAAAAAGGUAAUCAAUUAUGAUAAUCCGAGUAAAUUUAAUAACUUAUUGAUGAACUAGAUUACAAUUCCAAUUCAUUUAAUUCCAUAACUGAAACUAAUAAAAACUUAAGCAAAUUAGUCAAUGAAACUUAAAAUAAUUUAAGUAGGGCUAUGUAAGAAAAGGUAGAUGAGAGAAUUAAAUUUGAGACUGAAAAAGCUGUAAUUAUAUUAAUUAUGUAGCAGUUAUUGAAUCAAAAAUUAUUAGCAGCAGAUGAAACCAUUAAAUAAUUUUAAAUAUAAAAUGAACAAUUUAAAAAAUUGAUUGUUACUUUUGAAAAUGAAAGAAAAAGUAAUCAAGAAACAAUUAGACUUUUGUAAAAAUAAGAUGCUGAUAAUGUUUAAAAACUAUUGUAAAAAGAAUGGGAUGUUCAUAAAAUGAUAGAAGAAACUAAAAUUAUAUAAGAAAGAGAGAAAUUGAGUGAAUCUAUUAAUGUGAAGUUUAUGAAAAAAGCAGAAAAAUCAAAAAGUAAACUGAAAUAACUAAAAUUAUAAUUGAAAUCGUAAAUAUAUUAUAUUAUAUUUUUGAAGAGAAUCUAAGGACAAUUAAAAUGAAUUAUGGAUAUCUAUGAAAAUGAUGGUAGAUUGUUAAUAAUGUAAAAAGAGAGUUAAGUAAGUAAUAUUAAUGAAAUGUCUUCAUAUGUUCUGUAAACCUUGCAUUGAAGAUAAUUAACGUAAUCGUAAUAGAGCAUGUCCAGUUUGCAGAACUAGAUAUGGAAUAGAAGAAGUUAGAUCUAUUAAACUGAGUUGA